GUACGUUCAGAAUACUCAUCAAGCACAAUGACACACCCCGAAGGAGGUCUCGCCGCUAACAUCGUCGUCCUAGGCAGCUUCUGUUCCAUCACCGGCGGCCUAGGGCUAAUGAACAGCAUCGGCAUCUACCAAGCCUACAUCAGCACGCACCAACUCUCCUCCCUCUCACACUCCGAAAUCAGCUGGAUCUUCGGUGUCUACAACUUCCUCAUCUUCUUCGGCGGCUUGCAAAUCGGGCCUAUCUUCGAUGCCAAAGGGCCUCGUGCCCUCAUGUGGAUAGGCUCAGCGUUGCUUGUUAUUAUGUUUAUAGCCCUGGGAUUCUGCGAGAAGUACUGGCACUUCUUUGUCGUGCUGGGAGUCCUCGGUGGUAUCGGGACAUCGUUCAUCUUCAUUGUCCCAGUUGCCAGUAUCGGACAUUUCUUCCUUCGACGUCGCGGCGCAGCUACAGGCCUAGCCAUGGCUGGUGGUAGUAUCGGUGGAGUAAUCUUCCCAAUUAUGCUAGAGAAACUAGCACCAAAAAUAGGAUUUGCCUGGACCACCCGAGCCAUCGGGCUAGUGACCUUGGUGCUCCUAUUCAUCGGUUGUCUCCUCGUUCGUGGUCGGGAACCCGAGCCCUCACCGUCUCCCGAAUCCCUUCCCGAGAAACCUAAAUCCAAACACGAAUCCAUUAAAUCCCUCCUCCCGGACCUUACGAUCCUUGCCAACCCGCUACUUUCCCUGACAACCGCCGGCGUCUUCCUGAUCGAAUGGGGUUUCUUCAUUCCCCUCGAGUACAUAACCUCGUACGCGCUCUAUCACUCCGUAUCCCCCGAUCUCGCAUACUUAAUGGUCGUCUUCUUCAAUGCGGGUUCCUUUCCCGGUCGCUGGAUCCCAGGUAUCCUCGCUGAUAAAGUCGGGCGGUAUAACAUGCUGAUCUAUACCAAUCUGCUGGCGCUGGUCGCGGUGUUGGGGAUCUGGAUGCCGGCGCAGGGGAAUGUGGCUGCGACGAUAGUGUUUGCGGUGGUGUUUGGUUUUGCAAGUGGGAGUAAUAUCAGUCUUGUGCCGGUUUGUGUGGGCGAGUUGUGUCCGACAGAGGCGUAUGGGAGGUAUUAUACAACUGUUUAUACGAUUGUCAGCUUAGGGGCUUUGACUGGAGUUCCAAUUGCUGGAGAGAUUAUCCAAAGGACGAACGGGGAAUACUGGGGAUUGAUUGCAUUUGCUGGAUGCUCUUAUGCAGCUGGACUAAUGUGCUUUUUCGCCGUUAAACUCCUACAAUGGAGGAGUGUACGUAACGAUUCAACCUGAUGUAUGUACAUAUAUUAUAGCUUAAAAAAAAAUGUAAUGAUUCACGACAACUUGACAUCCCUCGGACUGGGCCUAUAAAAGUAAUAAUUAACACAUGGAACUCUCAUUCC